AUGGGACGAUGGAACCUGAUGAACAUGGUGGUUGCCGUUCAAACGGUCACCUCAGCCACGAUCAUGAACAACACCUCUUCCCGCAGUCACGCGGUCUUCGUCCUCAAGGUCCAGCGCAUCCGCCAGCGUAACGAGGAUGGUUCGCGAGAGUCCACAAAUGCAAAGAUCAAUCUGGUUGACCUGGCAGGCUCGGAGAGGCACAAGGCCUCGGACUACAAUGGCCACACCUUCAAAGAAGGCUGUGCCAUCAACCAGAGUUUGUCUGCAUUGGCCCUCGUCAUCAAGGAGCUGGGAGAGCAGCAACAAAGUCGCGUGAUGAGGCAGCGCUCCCGAAGCAUGUCCAUCGACAAGACGGGUGGUGUCGGCCCCGCAGCUCCUGCACCGGGCGCUUUGCUGGAGGUUAAGGAAGAGGAAGAUGAUGAGAAGGAUGUGAAGCUGUAG